AUGGAAACUAUACUCCUACAAUACUUGGUUCUAUUCCGGAACAAUUUGACUAUUGAACCUUCAUCUUCUGAGCUGGGCUUCAUCUCCUCCCUGACAAAAUGCAAAUACUUGACAUAUUUAGCAUUGGAUGAGAAUCCAUUCAAUGGGGUACUUCCGGCUUCUAUUGGAAGCCUCUCUGCUUUCCUUCAGAAAUUUUAUGCCGGAAGUUGUGGAAUCAAGGGUACUAUCCCUAGUGAAAUUGGCAACUUGACCAAUUUAAUACUACUUGCUCUAGGAAACAAUAAAUUGACUGGAGGGCUUCCAACAACAGCCAAGAAUCUGCAGAACCUGCGAGGAUUAUCUCUUUCAAGAAACAACAUCAUUGGCAGUCUAGACCAUUUUUGUUUGCAAAGCUUGACUGAAUUAUAUAUAUACCAAAACCAAAUUUCAGGGUCGCUACCAGAAUGUUUUGCCACUCUGACUUCUCUUAGGAUCCUUGAUCUAACAAACAACCUAUUAGCCUCUGCUAUACCAAGAAGCUUUUAUAACCUCAAAGACCUUUUGCACCUAAAUGCAUCCUCGGAUAUUUUGAUCGGUCCCUUGCCUCAAGAAAUUGGAGAUCUAAAGGCUGCUAUAUCCAUUGACCUGUCAAUGAAUCAAUUCUCAGGGGAAAUUCCUAGCACAGUCAGUGACUUGAAAAACUCGCUUAACCUUUCUUUAGCACACAGCAAUUUAGUAGGAUCUAUUCCAGAAUCAAUUGGCAAGAUGGGUCCUUUCAAGACCUUGACGAGUAAAUCCUUCAUUUCCAAUGGUGCAUUGUGUGGAGAUUCAAAGUUUCACGUCGCAAAAUGCCAACAUGAUACUUCAAACCCUCGGUCAAGAGCAGAGAAGAUACUUGUAAUUGUGUUUAUUUCACUUGGAAUUGCUAUUGUGAAUGCCAUGGUUUCAGCAUGUCUAUUCAGAAGAUAUCGUAAGAAAGAAGUGGCUUCAGGGGGAACAACCAGGGUCGUAGUAUCAACACAAGAAAGAGUUUCACACUAUGAACUUCUUCAAGCAACUGACGGAUACAACAAAAGCAAUUUGCUUGGCAUUGGGAGUUCUGGAUCUGUUUACAAAGGGACGCUAAACGAUGGAAGGACAGUUGCUGUAAAAGUAUUCAAUUUGCAAUUGGAAGGAGCACUGAAAAGCUUCGAUGUAGAAUGUGAAGUAUUGCGGAACCUUCGCCAUCGAAAUCUUGUGAAGGUCAUCAGUAGCUGUUCUAACCAAGAUUUUAAGGACUUAGUGCUCGAGUAUAUGAGCAAUGGAAGCCUUAAGAUGAGAAAUGGUUAUACUCUGAAAACUACUUCCUAG